UUAUUAAUAAUGUUUUGGGUUUUAAAAUUAGAUUAGACCACUCAACUCAUUAUUUUAUAUUGCUAUCUAAUUGUAUUUGUUUCUUUUUUUUGUGUGUAAGAUUUAAGGGGUUUUAUAUAGGCAAUAUUAAUAGAAAUAAUAAAUAUUUAAUAAUUAGUAAUUAUAUAUUAUGAUUAAUUGUAAUGCUCUGCAGCUUUAAUAUUUUUUUUUUUUAUUUAUAUUAUUAAUAAUAAUAAAUAAUGUAAAUCAUAAAUAUGAUGAAUUGAUGAAUAAUUAUAGAAGUGAAUAUAGUUUAGUAAGUAACAAGUAUUUUAAAUUUUAGAUCUUUUGAGGGCAAAAAUAAUAUAAAAAUAUACCUAUUCUAUUCUAACACUAGUACUCAUCUGUAUAUAGUGGAGUAUUUACGUGGGGGGAGUCUCGGGUUCAAACCCCCCUGAACAAAAAAAAAAUUACUUAAUGCUAAAUAAAUAAAUAUUUUAUAACGGGUUUUUUAAUAAUUCAACGAUAUAGAUGGACUGUCUACAUAACUAUCUGAGACAGUUGGGUUAUUUUGGUGUGGAGUAUUAUUGGUUUAUCUUAAUUGCAAUUUGUGUUCCCAGAAAGGAUUUUUAAAAUUCCCCCCAAAGAAAUUAUUGAAAAUACGCCACUGCCUAUAUUGAUACCUAAUAAAAUAAUAAGUAAAAUAUUUAUAAUACAUUUUCAGGAUCAGUGUUAAUUUUAAUGUUUCUAUAAACAGGCAACAAAGUUAACCCACUUGACCUAGACUGGAAAUGUUAUUUUAUAUAAAUCGCUGGUUUCAGUGGUGCCGAACUCUGACUUAUUUUGUAAGGCGAAAUCUAAAAUUUUUGUUCCAUCCAGACUUUUCAACCAUCUAAUAUGGUUUAAAAAUAAAUACAAUUUAUGAUGUUUCAUGCUAUCAAUUAUAAAAUAUUUAUCACUAUUAAUACCUUAUUAAAUUUUGUUAACCCAUUAACCUGUUAAUUAAUUAAUUAGUUAAUUAAUCUGUUGUUGAAUCAAGUUUAUUUGUUUGGUGAAAAUUAAAUAUUAAAAAUAUCUACUUCCAUUUCAAAGAGGAUAUUGUCGGUACAUCUGUAUAUUCUGUAUUACAAUUUAGUUGUUUUUACUCAUUACAUAUUUUGUACGUGUUUGUUAGUGAGUAGCGAUAACAGUUACCAUCGAAUAGGUAGGUACUUUAUUUUAGAGAUGGGAAAACGAGUGUCGUGUACUCAAAUUUAUGAUUCGAUAUUUCGAUGCCCCACUGGCUAAGUCGACGGCUUUAAGAUUUCAGUGCUACAUAAAUUUGCAAUUAGUUAUUGAAAGUUGAACUAUGGCAAACGAAGUGCUGGACCUUUCACUACAGAUGACAGAAAAACCAGUUAUAAAUAAAACUAAGGAGUUCAUGCAGUUUAAAGGACAAAUUAAACAGUGUGUAUAUCCAAGUAUGUUGGCUUCGUACGCAGAGGAAAUUUUGAAGAAGAUUGAGUCUAGCAAGUUACAUGAAACUGUAUAUGGCUUUGAUAUGGAAUGGCCAGUAACUUAUGAUGGAAAACCAAAAAAAACUGCUCUUAUACAAAUUUGCAUUGACCAUUCCACUUGUUAUUUAUUCCAUGUAUAUCAUAUCAUUAAACUUCCAUCAAUAUUUGUGUACCUUAUAAAUCAUCCAAGAGUAAGAUGGUCUGGUGUAUAUAUUACAAAUGAUUUUUUAAAGCUUGGAAGAGAUUUUAACAUUGAUGUUAGUGGCGCUGUAAAUCAUAUUAUCGAUUUAGGUACUUAUACAAACAAAGUUUUGUGUUUUGAUUCAUCUAUUAUAUGGAGUAUGGCCAAUUUGGUUCAACGAUUAUUGAAAAAAGAUGUUAAUAAAGACAAAAAUCUUCUGAGCAAUUGGGAUAAUACAAAUUUAGAUCAAAAUCAACGUAUGUAUGCAGCAACUGAUGCAUUUAUAUCCCUAAUAUUGUAUGAACAUCUAAGAAAAAUUGAAGAUGAACUCCAGAUCAAUUAAACUUUUAAUAUUAGGGCGAAUGAGUUACGACUCAUCUCUUGAAUUAAGUACAAAACCAUUUAUCAGAAUCUUAAAAAUCAAAAACCAUUAAUAAAUGUGGUUAUCUUCUUAUUGUAAAACAUGAACCUGUUUAUACGGUAGGCAUCAGACAUAAAUAUUACAAUUCAAUUUUAGAGGACAAUUUAAUUAAACUAGGUGCAGAAUUCAAAUGUACCAACCGAGGUGGUCUUAUCACUUUUCAUAGUCCUGGACAACUUAUUGCUUAUCCAAUUUUAAAUUUAAAAAAAUUUAAUUCUAGUAUUCAGUGGUACAUUGCAAUUUUGCAAAUUUAGAAACAAUCAUUAAAAAUCUUUUUAAUGAGACUCAUGGGCUUAAUGCAAUUACUACAUCUUUUAAUGCAGGAGUUUGGAUAGUUAAUCAUAAAAUCUGUGCUGUAGGUGUGAGAUGUAGCUGAUGUGUUAUUACACAUGGCUUUGCUUUGAAUUUUAAUAAUGACUUAUCUUGUUUUAAACAUAUUGUGCCGUGUGGCCUUCAUGGUAAAGUAGUUACUUCUUUCUGUACAAUUUUUGAAAAGAAUAUUACUGUUAACAAUGUGUUACCUUAUUUUUUACAACAUUUUUGUAAAUCAUUUUCAUGUGAUAUUUUAAAUACUGAAAUUGAUAAAAUUAAUUAAUUCAAUGAAAUAAUACAUUUUUAAAAUACUAGGAUAAUGUGAAAAAAAUUAGGUUAUUUGUUUAUUGUUAUAAUUUAUUUGUAUCAUGUGUUUAGUAGUAUGUAGAAAACUUAUACUAUUAUUAUUUUUGUUUAUUGAAUUUUAAAUUUCUUAUAAUAAAUAUAUUAUAUUCAAUA